CAGGCUCCCGGGCGGCAGGGCGAGGCGGAGCGAGCGAGCGGCGGGAGGCGGAGUUCCUGCCCCCAUUAGCGGCCCCGAGGCUCUCGCAGCUGGGAGGGGAGGAUUAGUGGCCGGGGGCGGAGCUCUGAAGCUCGUCGCUGCGCCGCAGAGCUCGCUCAAAGGCGGGAGCGCUUGGCCCGCUUUGGGAGCGGGGUAGAGACCUGCCUCCAGCGCGGAGCCAUGGGGAAAGUGCUGGUGCUUGCCCUGGCCGGGAUACUUGCAGCCCUCCUCGGGGAGAGGCUAAUGGAGUUGCGACGUAAACUGAAUGGCUCCAGAGAGCUGGAACCAGUGGAACUUCCCAACUGCCACCUUAUUAAAGGAAUUGAAAGAGGUUCAGAAGAUAUUGACAUCCUUCCUGAUGGUCUGGCUUUCAUUAGCUCUGGUUUAAAAUAUCCAGGGUUAAAUAGCUUUGCUCCAGACAAGCCAGGUGAAAUAUUUCUGAUGGAUUUGAAUGAUGAAAACCCAAGAGCAAUAGAACUGAGAAUCAGCCGCGGGUUUGAUCUGGCAUCAUUUAACCCUCAUGGGAUCAGCACGUACGUAGACAAAGAUGACUCGGUUUACCUCUUCGUUGUGAAUCAUCCGGAGUUCAAGAGCACAGUUGAGGUGUUUAAAUUUGUAGAAGAUGAAAAUGCUCUUGUACACCUGAAAACUGUCCGCCACGAGCUUCUGUCAAGCUUGAAUGAUGUUGUGGCUCUGGGACCUGAUCGCUUCUACGCUACUAAUGACCACUAUUUCUCUGACUCCAUCUUGAUGUACUUGGAGAUGUUCUUGGGCUUGACCUGGUCAAAUGUUGUCUACUACAGUCCAACAGAAGUUAAAGAGGUAGCCUCUGGAUUUUACUUAGCCAAUGGAAUUAACAUUUCACCAGACAAAAAGUAUGUUUAUAUUGCUGACCUGCUGGCUCAUAGUAUCCAUGUUAUGGAAAAACACGCUAACUGGAGUCUAACUCAAUUGAAGGUGCUGGAAUUGGACACACUAGUCGAUAACUUAUCUGUUGAUCCUUACACUGGGGAUAUUUGGGGAGGAUGUCAUCCCAAUGGCAUGAAGCUGCUUUUCUAUGAUCCUGAGAAUCUUCCUGGUUCUGAGGUAAUCCGGAUCCAGAACAUUGUUUCUGCAAAACCUACCGUGACCCAGGUGUAUGCUGAGAAUGGCUCAGUGCUUGAGGGAAGUUCAGUUGCUGCAGUGCAUUCUGGGAAACUGCUCAUAGGCACAGUGUUCCACAAAGCUCUUUACUGUGAACUAUAGUUCACUCUGGAUAGACUUUGUUAGGGGGGAGGGUUCAGUUUCUUUUAAAUUGCUAAUUCCAAGCUACAUUGCCAUAAGUCAUGAAAAUGUAUUCCUCGCCUUCCUCGCCUCAAGGAAAUAACAUAAGUUCUGUUCAGUAGUGAAUGGAAAUGGAUUUAAAGGUAAAAGAAUGUGUGUGGGAUUAAUGUGGAAGAUCCCAGGCCAACAACGAAGUGUGGACGUAAAUUACAAAUUCAACAUUAAAAGAAAAUAGCUGAAAAUGAGUUGGUUCUUGGGUUACUAAGUGGGAUCAGACUUCAGGGUUCUGUUUCUCUAGGAGAGUUGAUGAUCUGCCUAGUGUGUAAAAUAAUGGAGACAGUGUUGAAUAAACACAUCAUUUCAUGGUUUGGGUUACUAACCCAAGUGCUUUGGGGGGGGGGGGCUCCUUUUCACCCCUCUGCCAAUUUUCCCUAUGCUGUCAGAAAUCAUUUGAAACCUAUGUGUUGCCUUAUCAUGAACCUGUUCUCAGACAUACUCUUGCCUGCAUUCGAGAGUAUUAGGUGCAUGAUUUAAAUAACUGUUCAAGGAAUGAGUUCAAAAAUCUCUACUUUCUGAAGAGGUCUGAAAUGCCUUAACCAAACAGUGCCUUGGAGCCUGCGUUCUCCGCAUACAACCGGGGAGCAGUGGUGAAAACUGCACCUCAGGGAAGGCCUUUAGCACAGAGAAUGCAGUUUGUGCAGUAUAUGUUUAAUUACCAUGCUGUGUGAAACUGCCACACUUAGGCCAAAGGAUUCUACCAAACAAACUGUUAUAAUGCUGUUUGCUAGAAUGACACAGUCCACUCUGUGUAAUCACUGUAUUUGUGAGGCUCGUAUGACCUUUGUCUGCUAGCCAAUAUGCUACUCCACCUCCUCUAGGCUAAAGCAUUCUGCCACUGUUUCUCUGGCAAGAAGAGAGGCAGUAUGGUUUUGGAGAGUGAACUCAGGGACAGUUGUGUUGCUAGGGACAGGUUACUUAACCACUGUCUCGCCCUUUCUUCAGCUGUAGAGUGGGGGAGAGAGAUGUCAAGGGCACAGAACAGUUAUAAGGAAUGACUGAAAAUGUGAAAGCAGCAUCACCUCAGUGCUAGCUCCCUGAUCGGCAGUGGGGGAACGCUGUACUGUAUCUGGUACAACACUGAUGCAGGAGCAAGGAUCUAGGCAACCUGUCCUAAAGCUCUCUACCCAUGGCUGGAUGAGGAUGGGUGGAGGGACUAGUAAUAUUCUAAACCAGGGGUAGGCAACCUAUGGCACGCAAGCUGAUGUUCAGUGGCACUCUCACUGCCCGGGUCCUGGCCCCCGGUCCAGGGGCAAGGGAGCUCUGCAUUUUAAUUUAAUUUUAAAUGAAGUUCUUAAACAUUUUAAAAACCUUAUUUACUUUACAUACAACAAUAGUUUAGUUAUCUAUUAGAGACACCUUCCAAAAACGUUAACAUGGAUUACUGGCACGUGAAACCUUAAAUCAGUGAAUAAAUGAAGACUCAGCCCACCACUUCUGAAAGGUGGCCGACCCCUGUUCUAAACCAUGAGAGCAAAAUGUCAGCCCCUGAGGUAGAAUUCUAGCCCAGGGUUAAAAAAGGCCUGAUGUAUUAUCAGCCAAAGAAUAGAGAGACCUGCUCUUGGUUCCCUUCCCUAUUGCUACCCCUGCCUCCAUGUUCAGGUUAGACUCUGCUCACUCCAGAUCCUCUCUGUGAUGUCUGAGCCACUUUUCCAGACACGUCUAGCGUCAAUGCUGCUAAUGGCGAGAGAGCAUUGUGCAAAGUGAGCAACUCGGGUGUGGAUUCUACCAGUGAGUUACAAGGGGAUAAAACAGUAAAUUUCCUGUACCAUGGUGGCUAGGUGUUGUGACUUGGCGAUCUAAGGAAGCUGUUAAUUUCUGCACUACUAGAUUACUUUCUAAUCACAGCACAGUUUUUGGCAGCAGCAACUCCAGUCAGGUGGAGAAUGCAUUGUUUUUACAGAAACACCUUAGGGCCUGCUGGGGUCUGGGUCAAGGGGAAUACAAAGCAAGUGUAUGGCCCCUCACUGGCUACUCUAGGGGUCAUGCCAGCAUGUGCAGAAUCAGUUCUGCACCCUUUCUCCACUGAUGGGCCCCAGCUCUAGUGGGGGUGGGGAGAGGCAUGGCCAAGGCAUUCCUGUGACCUGGCUAUUUGCUCACUGCUGUAACAGCCCAAGGGCUCAUGGGAACCAGAGCACAGGUUAGGGCUGCCCCACCUCAACCACCCCUGGAAGCUAACUAGAAGCCACAUGUGAUUUCCUCAGAGCAGUGAAGAGCCUGGGUCUGGAACAGAGGGGAGGUGCCUUACAUCUGGUGCAAACUGCAUGUGCUCUGAGGAACUCUGCAUCAGUACCAGCAUGAACCUAACCCCCAAAUCCUGGAGAAUGCACUGUGUACUCAUUUGCCUUUAUUUUAGGGGGAACAAACUGGCUCCCCCAGAAGCUUCUCUCCCUGCAGCAUUUGUUUAAUAUGAACAGUAGGGAAAGCACAGCUUCCUCCUCCCCCACUUUUUCCAAACAACAAACUGGGCCCUUUUGGGGGAAGUACUAAUAGAAAGUCACAUCUUCAAAUAUACUUAGUUCUGGAAUAUGCUCUAGUCUUGUGGUUAAUUACUGUGUAAACAAAAUUCUUAUAAGGAAAAACAUCACCUGAAAUAAAUAAAAUGUUGAUCUUUACAGUAUCAUGUUUCUGAUGAGCAAUAUAUUGAUUUUUUAAAUUUGAAAUUGUGGCAUCAUAAUACUCAGUGGCUCAUUAUAAACAACAUUUAGCUUUACUACUCCCUGUGCUUUUCCUAAUUCAUUAAUUGAUGUACAGUGUCUAAAAUGUAGUUGAUUGUAAACCUGGUAACCAUGAAUGUUCUCAUCUUUAUUAAAAGAAAUUACACCGCAGAGUUCUUAUACAAAAUCUGAUCCAUCUUUAGAUUAAACCUUCUUCAAAUGAAUGUAAAAUGAUUUGGAAUCGUCAUUUUGUCCAUUAUCCUAAUUUUUGGUCCUGGGUAAAAUAAAGCCUGUAUUGAUCCUGGUUUUUAUUUUAA